GUUAAGUAAAACUAUUUAAAAAGUUCUGAUGGGCCAGCUCGAUGGCCCACAAGUCAUAGAAUGUAAAUUUCUUGACACCAAGUCAUCAUCUUUUUGCCUUUACCACUUAGGACGUUUUGAGAAAACCAGAUAUAAGACACUCUGCAUGGGGAUUAAAAGGUAUUUAAGCCAGUCAAGAUUAGAUACAUUUCAACAGUGAGCGGUGGAAAUAGCAACAAAUUUCUAGAAAUUAAGACUCGGUGUUUGUGCAAUAAUAAUAAAAACUAUCGUUAUUCAUUGAGUGGAAUAAAACGUAUUUCGUGGAAUUAUUAGUGUAUUUAUAGCAAAACGAAAAAACCUAAAAGUCCAGAAAAAAGUAAAAACCAUUAUCUACGGAAUAAGGAAUCUCGCCUACACAUGAAGGGACCUAUUGCAUUAUGGAUAGUUUCACAACUACUUUCGAACGGAAUUUGUAUAAAUCAGGCUCGGCAGGGAAGUGGCUCAGAUGGGUUCGACUUCAUUAUAAUUGGCGGAGGGCUAGCCGGAACUGUGGUAGCGAACCGCUUGAGUGAAAAUCGCAACUGGACAAUCCUUUUGUUGGAACAGGAAUCGAAUCCCUUCAGGUCGUCUGUGGUAGGCGGAAGAGACGGCCGUUUGACUGACUAUCAGAGAAAAAAUCACCACCUAUGGAGUUGGGAAACAAUCGCGAAGUAUUACAACACAGAAAAACUUCUCCACACCGAUCGUCCAAAGCAAUCUGACAAUAAGGGUGGAAGUAUCGGCGAAUUAUUUCGCAACGCGUAUAAAGAAGCGGGAAUUGUCCAUAUUCCAGAUCAAAGUGCUUACGGAUAUCUUAACUUGGCUAAGUCUCUUCGACUAUCAUCAGGCGAUUACGCACAGGGGAAUCUUAGAAUUGUUUACAACACCAUCGUCACGUCUUUGAGUAUUGAUGAAAAAGGCUUCGUAAAUGAAGUCAAUUUUAUACAAAAUGAUGAUAAAGGUACUGUUUUCGCUGUCAAACCAAAAAGAGAAGUCAUUAUUUCAGCGGGAACCAUCUCUACACCUAAAAUUUUAAUGUUAUCCGGCCUAGGUCCUGAACAGUAUUUGAACAAAUUGGGAAUUAAGUCCCGAUGUGACCUACCAGUUGGCCAGAACCUUUUAGACCACUUUGUGGUUCCAUACUUCUUUAAAGUUCCUUGCACUAAAGUGACAGGAUUAGACUCAAACCCACGAGGAAAGCCUUACCAAUCACUUGAUUUCAUUGCCUUGAUUAAUUCUACUAUUAGCGACAAAAUGUAUUCGAAUUUAAUGAACACAUGCCGAAUGGUUCAAUGCAAGGACACAACGACAAUGAAAAUGCUCCUGGAAGACCUGCCAAAUGAUUUAAAAAAUCAAGUUUUGGACGAACUAAAUACACAUAAUAUAUUCGUAGUAGGCAUCCACAAUAUCAAGCCUAAAUCCAGAGGAGCAGUAAAAUUAAAGAGCAAGGAUCCAUUCGAUCCGCUGAUUAUCGAGUAUAAUUUGCUUUCGUCGAGAACAGAUAUGAAUACAAUUCUAGCUGGAAUUCGUUUACAAAAAAAUCUGUUGCAAUCAGAAACUUUCAAGAAGUACCGAAUCACGGAACUAACACCUCGGAUAAAAGAAUGUAACAAAAAAGUGGCGAAUUCGCAAGCAUUUUGGGAGUGUUAUGUGAAAGCAGUUGGAACGCCGCUGGAGGAUCCUGUAGGGACGGCCAAAAUGGGAAGUCAAGCUGAUCCAAAAGCUGUAGUUGAUGCUUGCUUCCAAGUAUUUGGAACGCAAAACUUGAGAGUUAUCGAUGAAAGUGUUAUUCCGUCUGCUAUAGUGGGACCAACAUAUUCAUAUGUAGAGCAAAUUGGGGAAAGGGGGGCUCAAUUGAUUAUGGAAGAUUACUCAUGAAAUAUGAUAAUUUAUCACUAUAUAAAAUAUUGUAGCAGAAAAUGUUAUAUGAUGCAAAA